AUUAGGUCUGAAACACUAACUGUGGCGGAUCUAUCUGGCAAAUAUAAUGUUCUAGGUCUUAUUUACGAAUGUGUUCUCACGCUACCACAAGAUUUGAGCAACACAACUGAUACGAGACAUUGUAGCUUUCUAUCAGCCCAAAGCCAGCUGGAAAAGCAGGCAUUGAUACAGAGUGACAGGGAAAGCGAUUUCUUCCACAUCCAUCGAUUGAUCCAGGCGGUCAUUUUGGAUUCAAUGCCCAAAGACCACAUUCAAGGACGGUUCGAGGAUGCCGUGCUUCUGGUGAAGAGGGCUUUCCCCAAGGUCACCUCGGCAACCUUGCCCAAUGCGUACAAGAGCGAGAUGUGGCAUGUUGCUCAGGAAUGCCUUCCUCACGUGCUUGCGCUGGUGCAGACGUACCAGAAGUUCCACGUCUCUCUGGAGAACGCUUCUGGAUUUCCACGCCUUCUCUCCGACACUUCAUGGUAUCUCUACGAAGCUGGCCAUUUUGAGCGUGCCAAGGAUCUCCUUCAAAAAGCCGAAGCCGUCUGUGAGCAUGAUCGACCACUCAAGGCUUCAACCCGCAGCAUCCGAGCUCUCAUUUAUCAUCACCAGAACUUCCAAAAGGAGGCAAGGCAGAUAUGGGAGGAAAAUCUUGCCCUUAGGAGGGAACUUCACGGGGAGAGCCACUUCCUCGUCGGCCAGAAUCUGUGUAACUUGGCUGCUGCAUACGGCGAGCUUGGCGACAUGGACAAAUGCCGCGACAUUUUCAAGCGUGGCCAGGCCCACCGGGAAACAUACCAUCCCAAGGACUUGAGCGACUUGGCACUUCACGACUGCAACUUUUCCAGCUACCUGAUCCAUUACGGGUAUUCCAAAGAGGCAGAGAUCAUAGUGCAACGGUCGUUGGAAAGGUAUCGGCAAUGCGAGAAUGAGGAUGGCUUCGGGUUCAAUCAGUGA